AUGCCCGAGAUGACUACGGCGCACUCUUCCACCCACGAUGCGGGAAGCGCCCCUGUCACAGCUCCUCCCCAGUCCAUCCUGACCUCUUCGUCCUACGAUACGCCUCUAUCGCAACAACAAACCCCGCCUCAUCACUUACACCAACAAACACCUACACAAGGCCUUGCGCUCACCCACCAGCAGCAGCAACAGCAACGAAGCGUCAAGAGACCUAGGCCAGUCAAGUCCUGUACCGAAUGCCGGAAGCGCAAACUCCGAUGCGAUCGCCUCUGUCCGUGUUCUCAAUGCCAGAAAUCGAACCGAACUUGUAAAUACGCUAUCGAUCAUGAUUCCGCAAACCUCUCCGAUGGCUCUGACUGCGAGAUGCCGGAACCUGCUCGACCACCGAAACGCAGUUGCAAUUCCGGUAUAUUCAGUUCGGGAACCCCCGUUCCUAACAACGACUCGGCAUACGGACCUGUUCGGAACGGAGAUGCGACAAGUGCGCCUUCAUUAGAAGAAUUGUCACUGCGCAUGGAAAGACUUGAACGGCACCUAAUGGCCAGAAGUCCUGCGGUAUCUGAGGGUAGCGGUGGCAGACUAAUUGCUGCAUCCUCUGAUACUAUCCGCGGAUUGACCGUCAAACAAGGAGCGUUGCGAACAAGAUAUCAUGGUCAAAACAGCCCUCGUGUCUUGCUGAACCUGUUUGACGAAGCCAAAGACUUCAUGGGGAACCACUCUAAUAACGGUGCUGUUCGAGAUGUACUACUAAGUUUCAAGCGGUUUCACAAAGCUCUUAUCGACGAGUAUCGCCGGUCUUUGUCCCCGAUCACUGUUUUUGUCGACUCGAUGAUGCCUGUACAGAAGCGAAUGACAGACAUCCUGCCGAAAAAGGCAGUGUGCGACAGGCUGGUUGCUUCAUACGUGGAUACGUCCGAAACGAUCUAUCGAAUUGUCCACUUACCAAUGUUCACCGAACAAUAUAACCUUUUCUGGGAAGGUAAGAUCCAAUCAGAGUAUUUCCUCCCGCAACUACUAUCGCUUUGCUCUGUCGCGUCUCGAUUCGAAACGAAAUCCAAGGGACUUGGCAACGAGCGAUCUGAUGGCGUACAUAUCCCGACAGCAUGUGCUCUUGUGCGGGCAUGGCUGGAUAGUCUGAGGGGAAAGCAGUUGGUUGAGUUCGAAGUGCUCCAGGUAGAGGUUUUACUGCUACAUGCGCAGCGAAUGAUCACACCCCGGAUACAGGACUCCUGGACAUCACUGGGCUCUAUUGUGCGAAUGGCCAUGACGAUGGGUCUUCACCGCGAUCCUUCAGAAUUCGAGCCUCGAGUUCCCAUAUACCUCGGCGAAAUGCGCCGCCGAUUGUGGUUCACGAUCCUCGAUAUGGACCUCCAUAUCUCUCUUGCCAGCAAUCUGCCCUGUUUGGUCCGAGAUGGAGACUUCACCUGUCGGCCGCCCCGAAAUUUGGACGACAUCGAACUUUAUCCGGACAUGAAGGAGCUGCCAUCAUCAAAACCUAUUGAUGUGGUCACUGACAACCAGAUGCAAGUCUACGCAGCCAUGACCCUAGGAGUGCGAAUGAAGGUGGCGCAUAUGCUGAACAGGAUCGACACAAUCCGUGACUAUCAAGACAUUUUGGACGUUGGGGCCAAACUCGAGCGAUUUCUUGAUGACAUCAACUACAUAUUCCCUAGGCAGGGCAUAUUGAGCGAUUCACAGAAGAGCAAACAGUGGAGAUCCCGAGUCAUUCUUGAUAUGCACGUACGACGACCAUUGCUUGCGCUCUAUCGGCCAUUUGCUAUAGGCUCAUCCGACGCUCCAGGACAAAUAUCUCGAGCAUAUCUCAGGUCAUCGAUGGUGAUCAUGAAAUAUCUAGAUGAGCUAGAUCCUAUGCUCGCACACUUCCAAGAUAUUGCCGAGAUGUAUCACCAGGUGCUGAAGAAAGACAUCAUUCAGGCUGCUCUGAGUGUGUGUUUCUACAUUCGAUCGGCCGUACGCCCAGCUUCUGAUAGCUCUGGGCUUGGAUCGCAAGCCUUGCGCAUGUCUCCUGAUUCUUCUGACGACUUUCCGACUUAUAACCCGGAAAACCUUGUGCUCUGGUCUCCAUCUCGACUGAUUAGUACAGUGGAGAAGACACUGGACCUACUGGUUCGUAACAUCAGCGGUCGUGACACCAAGGAUGUGGUGUGUCUAUCAGUUGUACUGGAUUGUGUGUCGCGGCCUGAAGUCACGACUGAAGACAUUGUGCAAAGCCUUCGCAUGAUACUGGAUCGUUGCUCGAGAGCAACCAACAUGAACCUCGAAAGUGCUCCUAUGGGUCCUGGCGUUCCCAUGGAUGGGUAUCAGGGGGAUGCUUACAGGCAUCAUGCGUCGUUUAUGUAUCAACGAAACUCGGUUGGAGUGCCAGCAGCCAUCAACGAUUUCGACAACUGGAUGUUGUGGGAAGGGUGGGAGUAA